UCCUCGCCCCCUUCGGUUCUCGCGGCUCUCGCUCGCUUCCCGUGAAAUCCUCCAGGGAUCCAACCAAAAAGGCGAAAUCUCCGAACCAUACCGCCAUAAUUCGCACGCACACGCACCAGGCCAAACCGACGCCACAGGAGGAGACCCCGAAUGGCGUAGCGUUUUGCCGGAGCUCUUCUCCUCCUCCUCCCCGCAUCUCAGUGGCGCUCCGUGCCGAGCUGCAAUGCCGACGCCUGACCGAGCCGGUGCCACGGCGCGGGGUGGCGGGCACCUACGCGGCCACGCGCACCUCACCAACUGCAUCCACCUGCGGCACCACCACGCGCACGGGGGAGGAGGGGGAGGCGGAGUGGCGUCGUCGUCGGGGAGGAGGAGGAGUCCCACGUCCGUCGCGUCGGCGGCGCUGAUGCGCGACCUCCUCGCGCUGCAGCGCUCGAGGUCGCUCCGUGACCCGUCCACGCGCCGCUCCGUCGAGUCCUCCAAGGUGGCGGCCGACCCGGACGCUGACACUGAAGAAGACGACGCCGAUCUCCCCCCGAAGUCCCGACGCAGCGCUUCGACGACCGGGGCGCUCAAGACGCUCCUCGACCAGCUCGCUGAGAACCCCCAACCGAAGCUCGCUCGCCGCCCGCGGCGCCGCUUCAAACGUGGUGCUGGCCGCCGCGCUGGCACCGCGAGUAAGGUCCCAGAUCGCUCGGCAGCCGCCGCCGCGGCGCUCUCCGUCAACUCCAGCUCCCAGGAGGCCGUAUGCGGCAACAAAUACCUCUUCCGCGACGGCGAGGACGACCACGAGGAGCUGCAGCAGCAUGUGCCGCAGGACUCGCGCAACGUCUGCGGCAUUCCAUGGAACUGGUCGCGCCUCCACCACCGCGGCAAGUCUAUUCUUGACAUGGCUGGCCGCAGCCUCGCGUGCGGCCUAUCCGAUCCCAAGUCAGCGGCGGGGCGCAAAUCCGAAGCCGCCGCCGCCGCCUCGCGUAGCCACUUCAACGGGUCGCACUCGCUUUUCCCUGUUAAGUCCGAGAGGCUGGCCUCCUCGACUAGCUCGGACUCCGACGCGUUGCCUCUGCUUGUCGAGGCGGCCGUUUCCGGUACGCGUAAUGGCGGCAUCGGUGGGAGCUACUCCGGCGAGCUUGGAAUUUUCUCCAACCAGACCAGCGAGAUGGACUCCGACCUCCUGUCGGAGGGGCGGUCGGGGCAGAAGUCUCGUGGCUCGCAGCACGGCCGCGGACGGCACCGGAGCCUGACGCAGAAGUUUGCACCGAAGACCUUCAAGGACGUGGUCGGGCAGAGUUUGGUAGUGCAGGCGCUGUCGAACGCCGUCCUGAGGAGGAAGAUUGGGCUGGUAUACGUCUUCUACGGCCCGCACGGUACAGGGAAGACGUCGUGCGCGCGCGUCUUCGCCAAGGCGCUCAACUGCCACUCCCCCGAGCACCCAAGGCCCUGUGACUCGUGCUCUUCGUGCAUCGCACAAAAUCUCGGCAAGAGCAGGAGUGUGAUGGAGAUUGGGCCCGUCGGCAACAUCGACAUGGACGGCAUUGUUGAUGUCCUCGACAAUGUAAUGCUUUCACCGGCGCCAUCGCACUACAGGGUGUUCAUAUUUGAUGACUGCGAUACACUGCCAGCCGACACUUGGAGCGUAAUCUCGAAAGUAGUGGACCGGGCGCCUCGCCGCCUGGUGUUCAUCCUCGUCACUCCCAACCUUGACCUUCCUCAUAUAAUACUAUCGAGAUGUCAGAAGUUCUUCUUUCCCAAAUUGAAGGAGUGCGACAUUGUUAACACUUUGCAAUGGAUUUCAACCAGCGAAAGUUUAGAUGUUGAUAGGGAUGCAAUGAAGUUAAUUGCAUCCCGUUCAGAUGGAUCAUUGAGGGAUGCAGAGAUGACUCUUGAUCAGCUGAGUUUGCUGGGGCAGAGGAUUUCCCUAUCUCUUGUCCAAGAACUUGUUGGUCUGGUGUCUGAUGAUAAACUGGUAGAUUUGCUUGAUUUGGCUCUUUCUGCUGACACUGUAAAUACAGUGAAGACUCUACGUGACAUUACAGAAACUGGGGUUGAGCCUUUGGCACUAAUGUCUCAACUUGCCACAAUAAUUACUGACAUCCUUGCUGGUUCUUAUACAUUUACACGGGAAAAACUACGAAGAAAGUUCUUCAAACGUCCAACCUUGUCCAAAGAUGAUAUGGAAAAACUACGCCAGGCUUUGAAAACACUAUCUGAAGCUGAAAAGCAGUUGAGGGUCUCUAAUGACAAGACAACCUGGCUUACAGCUGCUCUGCUUCAGCUUGCUCCUGACAAACAGUAUGUACUGCCAAGUUCAUCAACAAGUACAAGUUUAAACCAUGGUGUGUUAGCCGGUUCCUUUCCCGAUAGGGAUAUGGCAAAACACUCAGCUCUUGAGCAUAAUGGUAAUGUGGCAAGCACUUCUUAUGGGGAAAGGAGACCUGUUGAACAUACAGGAAAUAGGCAUUUCUUAUCAACCAUUGCUCCCAGAGCAAAUGUAGAAUCUAGAAAUAGUAAAAUCGAGAAUGAACUGAUUUGGCAUGCUGUACUUGAGAGUAUUCAGUCAGAUACACUGAGAAAAAUGAUGGCUAAAGAGGGAAGGCUAAGCUCCGUCAGUCUAGGCACAGCACCAACAGUGCAACUAAUAUUCAGCUCACGUGUCAACAAGUCCAAAGCUGAAAACUUUCGAGGACAAAUUCUGCAGGCAUUUGAGUCUGUUCUGCGUUCUGCUAUAAUUCUUGAAAUCCGAUAUGAAUCAAAGAAUGAUGUGAGAGCCAGUCGUGCUUCACCUAUAUUAUCUCACGGGGAGAAUGUGUAUUCCAACAUGGCAUUAAGGGGAUCCUCCACUAAACAUAGUCCAAUCUCUUCUGGAGGUGAGAAUCUACGUAGGAGGCUCAAAAAAGACAGAGCAAACUCUAGUAAGACCAGAUGGAUGCAAUCUGAUCCUCAUAUAUUGACAGAAGGAGAAAUCAUUGAGGUUGGGCCUUCACACAUGCAUUGGCAUGAUGAAGCAAACAAUGAUGUGCGUGAUGUAACUCAAAGAAGAAAGGACAAUGCAUGGGAAGAAGAAUCUUUGACAUCACCAAAUAGCAUGUCUAAUCAAGGAAGAAGAAAUGGGAAUAAACAGCGUCGACAGAACAGUAUAGUCAAAGGAAAGGUAUCUCUUGCUCAUGUUAUUGGUAAGGCAGAAGCUUGUUCUCAGCGAGGAGGCUGGUCUAGACAAAAAGCUUUGUCAAUUGCAGAAAAGCUCGAACAAGAGAAUUUGAGAUUGGAACCUAGAUCAAGGAGUAUACUUUGUUGGAGAACUUCAAGGACUCGACGGAAGCUAUCUUCGUUGAGGGUCAGGAGUGGAAGGUCAAGAGCUGUAUCAAGGCUUAUCUUAUGUGGAAGAUGCAUCUCCACAAGAUCUCCGAGAUAGAAACAUUAGAAGUGAUAGAUGUUAUAAGCAGUUACUUCAGCCUCCAUAAUUUAUUCACUCUGUACCUUUAGGCCAUAACUGUGUCAGUUCGUAGGUUGUUCGCUAGUCUGUAUAUUGUUCGGCAUCUUUAAGAAUGAUAGGAAUGGCAUAGCAAUUCUUUUCUGUCAAAUAUUCUUUGUAGUUUUUCAAAGGCAUGCUAAAUCUGUAUUUUGGAAGCAUUGUUAAUAAAGUUUAUUUGGUCUACAAUAUACAGUUCAUUGUAUAUUAGGUCUCGUUUUUU